UUAAUAAACCCAGCAAUUUUGAGAGCUAGAACACUGCUUACAGCAAGAUGGCUGAGACUGAAGCCGAAACAAUACAGGCAAAAAUGCAGAAGCUUUUAGCAGAGGCUAGCAAGAAAUCCCCAGAAGAGCUAGUGUUCAACUAUAAAGGGGUCCUGUACCCCAGAUUCAUGUGCAGUAAUGAGAGCUUUCAAGCCUUGGAAUCUUUGGAAGCCAGAGAGGAUGAUGUGAUGGUUGUGACAUAUCCCAAAUGUGGAACUCAUUGGGCAAUCAAGGUAAUUCAUGAAUUGCUAUAUUCGUUGCAAAACAAGGACGUGCCAAUUGAUCAAGCAAUAAUUGAAUUUCUAAACCCAGAGAAAGUUGAGCAUUUGAAAGGAAAACCAUCUCCAAGACUCUUUGCAACACAUAUGUAUCCUGAUGACCUGCCUAAAUCCUUUUUUGAAAAGAAAGUGAAGAUGCUACUAAUUUUCCGUAAUCCAAAAGAUACAGCAGUGUCAUAUUACCAUUUUUCCAACAAAAAUCCUGUCCUUCCUUCAUUUGACUCUUGGGAAUUGUUUUUCGAAGCAUAUAUGGAAGGAAAAGUGUGUUUUGGAUCAUAUUUUGAAUAUGCUCUUGACUGGAAUAAACACAUAGAUAAAGAAAAUAUUAUGGUGGUCACAUUUGAAGAUCUGAAAGAGGAUUUUAAAUCAGAACUUCUGAAAAUAUCUGAUUUCCUAGGACUGUCAUUGACAGAAGAACAAGUUGCUUUGGUUGAAAGUAAAACCACAUUUAAAUCAAUGAAAGAAAAUUCUUCCAAUACACAUGGUAAACUUGGAGAUGUUUUCUUUCGAAAAGGAGAAAUAGCGGACUGGAAAAACUAUUUCACUGAAGAGCAGAGCAAAGAAUUAGAUGCCAAGUUUGAAGAGACGCUCGCAGGAACAAAACUGGGAGAGAAGAUGAAUUACAAUAAAUACUGUACUUUUUAGAAUGUAAAAAAGUAGUAUGGCAACCUAUUGCUUAGAGUUUUAAUGAAGAACUGCAAUAUGGUAGUUUUCCAUUUCAUAUAUUUGCUUUUCACUCACUUUUUAUAUGACCAAUAAAUCAAUUAUUCUAA